CCCCAGAGUUAAUCUGCAUUCAGACUGACGAUCCAAUAUAUUUCUAAGAUUUGGGAUAUUAGGCUAUUCCGGAACCGUUGUAUUUAUGUAGUUUUUACUAUUAUUUCGUAUGAUCGGUCAAGCUUGCUUCGAUUCAAUCAGUUUUGUGACCGUUUUCCUCAACACUGCAGCAGGUCUACAUUUUCCCGAACCGAAUGCUAACGCGAGCCGCUUAUGCUAUUUGCGUAAUGUAUCACAGUGAGGAUAGACAGUAAAUAAGGGGACCCGUCCAUCUGCAAUAAAGAGGAAAAGAAGAUGGUGAUAAUGGCUCCUACAAAUUUAGCAUCUAAAUGCUCGACAGCGAUGGCGAAUGCUUCCUUCCCCGUGAAGCUAUUUCUCUGGGUGUUUUUAUUCGUUAAUCUUCCUACAAGCUCCAUCCAGACUGAAAACGACGAUGAUGAAGUGACAAACAAAACUUGGGUGUUGACUCCCAAAGUGUACGAGAGCGAUGUCACCAACAUCCUAAACAGCCUACUAGAUGGCUACGAUAACAAACUGCGACCAGAUAUAGGAGUCAAACCAACCGUGAUCCACACGGACAUGUUUGUCAACAGUAUCGGCCCAGUAAAUGCUAUCAAUAUGGAGUACACCAUCGACAUCUUUUUUGCCCAGACGUGGUAUGACCGGAGAUUGAAGUUCAACAGUACCAUGAAGGUCCUGCGUCUCAACAGCAACAUGGUGGGCAAGAUCUGGAUCCCCGACACCUUCUUUCGCAACUCCAAGAAGGCCGAUGCCCACUGGAUCACCACGCCCAAUCGCAUGCUUCGGAUCUGGAACGAUGGACGGAUACUCUACACACUGCGGUUGACUAUUGAUGCCGAGUGCCAGCUUAAACUGAACAACUUUCCAAUGGAUGAGCACUCCUGUCCCCUGGAGUUUUCAAGCUAUGGCUACCCCAGAGAGGAGAUAGUGUACAAGUGGAAGAGGAGCUCCGUGGAGGUGGGAGACAUCCGCUCCUGGAGGCUCUACCAGUUCUCCUUUGUUGGCCUGAGGAACACCUCCGAGAUCGUCAGGACCGUGUCAGGAGACUACGUUGUUCUGACAGUCUUCUUCGACCUGAGCAGGAGGAUGGGUUACUUCACCAUUCAGACCUACAUCCCCUGCACCCUCAUCGUUGUCCUCUCCUGGGUCUCCUUUUGGAUCAACAAGGAUGCUGUACCUGCUAGAACAUCCUUAGGCAUUACCACUGUGCUGACCAUGACUACGCUGAGUACCAUAGCCAGGAAGUCGCUGCCUAAGGUAUCCUACGUGACAGCCAUGGACCUCUUUGUGUCCGUGUGCUUCAUCUUUGUUUUCGCCGCUCUGAUAGAGUAUGGAACACUGCACUACUUUGUGAGCAACAGGAAGCCAAGCACAAAAAAGGACAAGAAAAAUAAAAACCCGCUCCUCCGGCUCUUUUCCUCAAAGACACCUACGGUGGACAUACGCCCUCGCUCAGCCACCGCCAUCCAGAUGAACAACGCCACCCACAUGCAGGAGCGGGAUGAGGAGUAUGGCUACGAGUGCCUAGACGGCAAGGACUGCACCAGCUUCUUCUGCUGUUUCGAGGACUGCCGCUCCGGGGCCUGGCGGCAUGGGCGGUUGCAUAUCCGUGUCGCCAAGAUAGACUCGUACGCUCGCAUCGGUUUCCCCACCGCUUUCGGUCUCUUUAACCUGGUUUACUGGAUCUCCUAUCUCUAUCUCUAGAUCCAGCGUGUAGCCAGACUUAGAAUAUACGUUCAGCUCCAACUAGACCAUUUUUCAGAAGGGGACCCACUGAAAUGUUUUCCUUUUGUUUCUGUUUGAUUUUAUAUGUUUGUUCAUUCAUAUUUCUCAUAAUUUCUUUAUAUGGUUGAAGCAAAAGUUGUAGCAAAACCAUUAGGCAUGCAGGGAUCUGGAGUCCGAUAGUGGAACUACGACUGCGCUUUGGGUAAGGCAAGAACCUAAGUUCACCGUAGUGAUUCUGCAUGACUACAUUUUCCAGAUUCCCCUUGAUCAGAUAAUUGGUUUAUGUAGAAGGUAAUCACAAUCAGGGCCGCUUCAAUGUUUUUUUUGUGUCUGCCCUUAGUCAGUAUAUUAGAUCACAGUAAACAUUUUCACAGUAAACAAACGUCAUUCAAACUGAAAAAGUAUUAAGGCAUGUUCCCGUUUUCUUGCAUUAACAAGUCACGCAUGCGCUGUAGAAGACAAAUGGAAGAUUUGACAUCAGCUUACUUUCCCAUCUUUUAAAAUAUGUAUUCAUUUAUUGCUGUAUUCCAUCCAUCCAAAAUACAAAAUAAGCUAAAUCUAAAGCACUUUAAUAGAUAUAUAGGUUGAACAGUAAGUAUGAUUUUCAAUGAUAAUUUGAUAGCUAGGUUUCUUUUCAUCUAACUGUAAAACAUUACUUUUACACAGUUAAACAUACAUUUUUUUAAUGUGCGGUCAGAGCGCUAGAAAAUACUGUUUAUGGUCAAUGGUCAACUGUACAGACACUGUAUAUAUUUUAUUAUUAGGUAGUGGUUUACAUUUAUUGCAUGCACCUUUCAGGCCCAAAAUCAACACAUGUUUUAAAGGGGCAAUCCACAGUUGCUACAUCCAUUUUCUGACAUAUAAAUUAAUGAUAUUCUCAUUGAUAAUUGAAGAAUAGAACUUAUAAAGGCCUCAUGAGCUUACUUCAACUGUCCUACCCCAUCACAACCCAGCAUAUAAGCUUGUUUUACUCCAAUGUUUGUAAACAUUGUAAAUAUAAACAAACACUGUAUAGCCUCCAUAAUUUAGAUUUCAUGGAUGGUCAGUCCUUGCAUCAAUAACUCUGUCUAUAAAUUUAAGAGUGGUUACAUUUCUUCAGGCCCAUCCCUCAGCUUUUUACCAAGACAGAGGUGGGGUAUCCGUUUGUUAUUGUUUAAACUGUGGAUUGCCCCUUUAAGGUCGUCUAUUGUUGGCUAUGGAUACAAAAAAAAGAACAACGGCUGAUUAUCCAUCUGGAUUUCGUCUUACUUUUUAGGAAAAGUAGAAAAUGAGACAAUAAAGUCAGAUUUUGUCUUAUAAAUGAACGUUCAUCUCUACCAAUAUGUAUUACAAGAGGAUCAAUCCAGACCUUACAGGAAAAACGUUGUUAUAUCAACUGUUAUUAACUUGUAGACUGCUCUGAGAAACUCUUCCCUUUCAAACACUUUGCUAUUGGUGGCUAUCUUCAAUUGACACACAAGUAUGGCUGUGCUGGCUCCUUUGGGAAGUGUGUAGAUAAGAAAUGGGCAUCAAAAACAAAUGUAUGGUUUUCUUACAUCAAAACAUAUUUUCUUCCAUCAAAACAUAUUCUGCGCCCUUUCUCUCCCCCACAACCACUUGGUGGAAGUGAAUAUCAUGCAAACACAGCAAGCAGUGUUUUACUUCAUUCAGCUGGCACAUGGAGUGUCUGGAAGCGGCUGUAGUUCUGAAUGCAUACACCCAUCAACAUGCCAAAACUCUCAGUGACAGAAAACACACUCCCAUUUGUCAUAAGACUGAACUGCAUUACUUAGUCACUGCAUUAAAACAGGAUCCAUUCCAUCUGUCUCAAUGGGUGGUUUAGAGGGACUUAAGGCGAAAACAAACCAUUUAACUUGAGGAAUAUCGAUGAACAUGACAGCUCCAUGGAGAAGAAAGCAUCUGCUUGUGACCAGACCAGAUGCAUAAGCCUUACUCUCUUUGAAGAGAAACACUGUGGAAAUUACAAUGAUCUGACGCUGAAAAUGUAUUGAAAGAUCUGGGAGAAGUUCAGGAAUUUAUUUUUUGGUUGUUUUUGUUUUUUCUGUGUUUACAAUGGAUCAUUACAUCAUUAACGUGUCAAUACAGCAUUACUCAUUGAUAGUGUAGCACAUUGUGAAUGUCAACAUAAGUACUCAAACUAUGUGUGCUUCACAUCAUAUGCUAAUUGAACGCUUACAAUGCAACUUAUGGGGUAUUUGUAUACCCAAAUCAUGGCCAACCUGUUCCAAAAGAGUACCUUAGCUAAAGGCAGCCAGAGGAUGUUAAAGCAGUGCUUUAAUCUAAAUCAGGGCUUCCCAAACACGGUCCUGGGG